CGAACACGCAAUGUCAUUCGUCAAAAGGUCAACCCUUAAUUUCACUCGUCGAUUGCUUUCAGGUUCUGUCUUUAGAUUUUGUGCAUCAUACACACCCCAGCUUUCAGCCCCUUCGGCCAACUUCUUGAUUCUACUCGAAACGUCAAUUGAGCAGCACUUGAGUUCACCAACGACGGCUUACGAUGAGUGCGUGUUCGGCGCUUGCGCGGCAGAGCUUGGUGCCUAGUGGCCAACGACCGCGAGCCACACUCCAGGUCUGCGCUUGCGAAUUUGCUCGGCAGCUGAGCACUCUGUCCCAUUUGCUGGACCAAAGCAAUCCCGGAAAGGCGCAGACAGGCCAGAGGUCUUCUGUGAACAGCUCAUCAGAGGGUGUGGGACCCGACCCAACCAGCCUGCGGGCACGUUCAAGAGUUGCGCGUUUUGCACCCCGAGCCGGUGCAGACAUGGUCGGCCCUCCUGACCUAAUCAGCAAUCUCCGACCGGUCAAGUAUGGAUCGGCUUUCGAAGAGGAGGAAAGUGCAGGGCCAUCAAUAGAUCGCCCAGCCGCAGUGGAUGCAAGGCAAAGGCUCCAAGACUCACAAUUCCGGCCGCUCGCAACACAUCCUUAUUCUCUGUCAGAGUUUUCCUCAUUCGCUAGCAAGACAACUUCUUCCCUAUCCAAGCCACAGGUCUUCACCUCCGGCCCAAAUGGAACGGCGUCUCGGAUAGGUACACGUCGACCUCAUUCGCAGUACUUUCAUCGUCUCCUCGAGAGGCUCGAAACGGCCGAGCUGGAGCACAAAUUGCGAAAGAUCAGGCAAGAUGCUUUUCACCAACGAUUUUGGACCGAUAAUAAUCUGCGCUUUCAAUGCUCUCUCAAGGAGUAUCAAUUCCAGCUUGAAGCGCCUGAAACGGUCGCUUCCCGGUCCCACGGAGCCGAACAUCUCGACCCUACUCUUCUUACAGCCUCAGCUACUGUGACCAGUCCAUCCUCUGCUGAGAGCUCUUCAGGCGGUGAUGCGAUCAGUCAGACACUUUCAAAAGGCUCUUCAAGCCUCGUGAUCGCCUCUGUCACGCAGAAGCAGCAACAAUUAAAAUCAGACGGAUUGGCCCCUUUCUACACGGCUUGGCUCAGUGCGAACUCGUCACGACACAAGGCCUACAACAGGGCGUUGGUCAAAGGCUUGUUCCAAGGACUGGGCCCCGCGAUGCGUUAUGAGAGUCUCAGAUGGUGGGCCAGUGCCGUCCGACGCAUGGAAAAGGCCAUGGGACGAGGGUCCUGAGCAUGCUGGAUCACCCCCAGGCAGUUCAAAAACAGCCACCAACGGCGUGCUUGUAGUACAGAUUAAUGGUUGCCUAAACCACUGGCAUUGGAAACGCA